UAUAAUGCGCCAUCCUGCGGACAUAUCAGCUUAAGGGCAGAGUUGUUUUCUUGGAUCUACCAAUUCAUUAACGAAGCGAUCCUGCUGAUUUUGUUGAAGAAAAAAGAGAAAAGAUCAUUAAAUAAGUCUAUAUAAUUAAGAUAGCAGGCACUAAUAUACAAAAAAUAAUAAAAGCCAUCGCGAUUCCUUGAGUUUUACCGUAUUUCAGUGUAGCUGGAUCGUSAAAGGCAACGCCUUGGACAGAACUUGAAGAAAAAACAGUGGUUUUUCGUAAUUGACCAUCAAAAUGAACGGCAAAGCGUUGCUGCUAGCUCUGGUUCUCGUUGGAGCUUGYACGAAUGUCUCCAGUAAAGGCCUUGGAGGUCGGUUUAAAUUCUUGUCUAACUUCCCACCGGCACCACCUCCGCCACCUCCUCCUGGAUGUAUCCACAGAGGCUCUUUCUAUGGAGUCGGAGAGGUGUUUACWAAUAAAUGGUGCAGUGAGUAUUGUACGUGCAAAGAUGUAGGAGUUACAGUUUGUCGUUCACUGUGUCCUGUGGAAUGGGUGGAGUGCGACGAGGGACUACAAGCUGAGGUUCAWUAUAUACCUGUCAUGGACGGGCGGUGUUCGUGUCCUACACAUGUCUGCGUUGCUAAAGAUUAAUAGGCAAACAAGACUUGUUAAGCAACAACUUAUUAAAUGAAGCUUCUAACAGCUAA